AUGUAUGAGACCGCGAAAGCAGAGAGACCAAAAGACGGAAAAGAGGACUACAACUGGAUCGCCCUCGGACAUGACCUCGAGAAAUUCGUAGCACAUGGACUCCGCCCAUCCCGCCUGCUAGAAGGAGCUAACCCAGCCAGAGCUGAAGAAUGGAUGCGCACAGAAGGAGCUAUCCUGGCUGUGCCACUGGAUGCGGCCUACAACGAAGAAAAUGCGUGCAACUUCCAAACUAAUAUGGAAAUCUUCAUUGAAAGAGCCUUCCCGGACCAAACAAAGAGAGUAAGAAUCAUUCCCCCCUUCCCUGCUGAGGUAGGAAAGAAAAACUACGGGCAGUACGCCCAACCGUGGGGCUUCCUAGUCCAAGGUCUUAACCCACCCUAUGCCGACCUCCUGGUCAACGAACACCUCUGGAUAUGCCGGAAAUUUGGGUUUAUAGCGAUAGACCUGAAACUUAGACCAACAACCUUUGUCGCCUCAUUAAUUGGUAUGAGCAAAAGACUCAAGGAUGAGGAGGACAUCGUCACAGCCGUCCAAGACACAAUUGUGGACACGAAUGGGUUAUUCCUCCCAUUCCUAGCACAAAUGGACAUGACAUCCGACCAAGUCAUGGAUAUCGUAGACAGUGUCCAAGCCACCCCACGAGGAUAUGCCCUGAAUGGCAAAGACACCGCAGACAACAUAAACGAAAAACGGAAACCCACCACGGACAGUGCAGUCACCAUGUGGGAAAUCCAUGUGCAACCCCCCCUCAGCGUGCUAACUGACACUCGAGACUCCCUUCACGACGAAUGGAUUCAGAUAUUCAAAUCGGCAACCUUUAAACCCAAUGAAAGAUACCGAGGAUCGGAAAACGGACAAUCCCAAACCCCAACUAGUCCACUCCGCCUGAGAGGCGGCAGAGACCCAAAAACAGUCUCAGGACAAAUCCAGAUAGCAGCCCUCAACAUCAAAGGCGCAAACAGCAACCGCACGAAGAAGAAAUGGACCUCGAUCACUAACAUGAUGAUUAAUCAUAAAAUUGCUAUCAUGGCCGUUUCUGAGACUCACACAGAUGGUCCCCUAGCAGAAAACCUAGAACACAGACACAAAGACAAAUUCCACAUCCUACACUCUCAUGACCCUGACCACACACGAGCAAAUGGGGUUGCACUAAUAAUCAAUAAGAACAUGAUUAGAAACGACCCAGAAGGGACAACGGACCUCAUACCCGGCCGAGCCCUCAUGACUACGGUAGAAUGGCCUGCAGGCAUAAAGAAUAAUAUCAUUGCAGUAUAUGCCCCAAACAUCAACGGAGCCGGAACCAACAAUGCGAACUUCUGGAACACACUAGCCACCCGGACAAACGGCCUCCCUGUCAACAUCAUCCUCGGGGAUUUCAAUGUUGUUGAGGAAUCCUUGGACCGCUUCCCCCCGCACAGAGAUGUGGAUAGCGCAGUAAAUGCCCUGAAAACCCUAAUGGAAGAUAAAAGCCUAGAAGAUGGCUGGUGCCUAGCCAACCCCCCACCCACAACGAACUUUACCUUUGGGCACACAUUGGGCACCCACCUGUCACGAAUCGACAGAAUCUACACAUCAGGUGAACUUUACAAUAAGGCCCUAACAUGGAGCAUCGAAAACUCGGACUUACCAACAACAGAUCACCAGAUGAUCAUGGUCACUAUCCAUGACCAGAAAUCGCCUUACAUAGGCAAAGGGAGGUGGGCCAUUCCAGACUACCUCAUAAACGACGAAACCUUCCUCACAACUGUCGAAGAGUAUGGAAGGAACACCCUGAAGGAAAUCGAGGAAAGUGAACCUCCCACACAUGGCAGAAUCCAAGCCAAAUUCCCAAACUUCCUGAGGGAGACAGUAAACCUAGCGCGCAAGCUUGCCAAAGCGAAAAGCAGGAAGAUAAACUCGACGCUAGCCAGACUAGAGAAAAGACGAAACAAAGCGAUAGCCCAACUUCAUGUGAAUGCACACCACCUCGAAGAAAAACAAUACCAAAUAAUGGCCCUUACCGAGAGAAUCCGAGAAGUCGAAAAUACCAAACAAGCUAGAAACAGUACCACAGCAAGCAUGAACAGAAAAGUGUACGCUGAAUCCAUUAAUAAAUAUUGGUGCAACUGGGGUAAAGAUAAAAAGCCGAGAGACACAAUACAUGAAAUGAAAAUCCCGCAAUCAAACCCAACCCAAUACACUACCGACUCCUCCGAAAUGGCAACACUAGCAGCAGACUACUACAACUCAGUCCAAUUAAAAGACCUAAAUGCCACCCCCCCUGAAGAAAGAGAGACACAGAUAAAACAACACCUAUCAAACCUCCAACACAUCUCAGACACAACAGCUGCCCCCAUGACCACCCUAAUCAGUUAUGAAGAGGUCGCCCAAGCCCUGAAACAGUCCCAAACGGAAGAGCUCCAGGCCUGA